CUGUACCGUUAUUAUACGUCGUUUUUGCAAUUCAAAUCAUUCAAUAGCAUAACUAAACGAAAUCUGGCAGUUUUUCAAAUUGUCUGAUCAACCAAUCAUUUUGCAACGGUUUGACCUUCAAAUACUCGCAACCCCCAUCGGUGGACGAUACCCCUAAAGCGUUGCCACUACGAUAAAUAAGAUGAAUUUUAAUUAUUUCAAUACCGUUCUCAUCUUUUUGGCGAAUUUCACUGUCUUUGUGUUUGGGGCUUUCCGCAAUGAACAUUAUAAUCAAGCUUCUUUUCGUACGAAAAGAGAAAUUCAUGCGACGGAAUUGGCUCGAUUACUGGCCGAAGUACCAUCAGGACGACAAGAUGAUGUCGCUCUGAAAAUUUUUCAAAACGUUAUUAAUAUUCUCCAGGAAUCACGCAAAAUACUAAAUAAUACUGAUAUUAAUUCAGAGACUAAAAAUGAUACAAUAGGACAAGCUUUCGCAUUAACUUUUGAAAAUACAGCUGUACUAUGUGAUUUAAUUCUACGUUUUCCUGAUGUUUAUCAUUCACAUUAUGAUGGAAUUGAUGAGAUAUCUAUAUUAUUAAAAUGGUCAUUUAAUUUAUUACGUGAAUCACAAUUAAUGAGUAAAUCAGAUGAAAAUAUUUUACAUUUAACUGAACAAGAAUUAAAUUUUGUAAUCAGAGAUUCAAAUUAUGUAAAUGAGUUUAGUUCAGAUCAGUAGGUAUGAUCGUGAAUAGUUUGUUCAUAUGCGUUAAUUGAGACGAUUGGAUAAUAUUUUAUUAGCUCUUUACGCAUGUAAAUUGAGACUUAAAACAGAGUUGUAUCAGAAUUAAAACUCUUUAGUACAUAUUACCCGGUUAUACGCGUAUUCAAUUGACGAGACUACCUCUGUGAUAAAGUGUGUUAGCUGCCGUGCUGAAUAUUUUCAGCUCAAAUCGCUGAGUAGUUAUGGAAUCCUCAAAGAAUUAAGAAUAUCCAGUGAACCUAAUCAGCAAUAACUAAAAAUCCUAAACUUAAAAGAAAAUGAUUAGAGAGAAACUGAGAGCAGAAUCAGCACGUAAAGCGAAAAAAUCAAGUGUUAAACGUGCCAAGAAACCUCGACUUACACCAGUUCGAAGUGAACUCUAAUAGUUUAUUUAAAUGUCCCCUAUACAUAUAUGUACACAAAUGCAUAUGUAUAUAUGAUUAUGAUUUUUUUCUAACUUUCCGUUUUCCUUCAUAAUUCACUACUUUUGAUGAUAUCAUGGGUGGUGCUCUUAUCGACAUAAUCUUAUUAUUAUUAUUAUUGUCUAUAAAUCUCUCUGUGUUUGUGCUUGCCUAGUUGAAUGUAGUACUAUUCAAGGAAUUUCAAAGUGUUCAUAUCGAAACAUAUCUAUCAUCAAUUAAUAAUGAAGUUUGUGGUCAUUGAUUACAAAUAACUAUUUUUAUGUCUGUGCCUGGUACACUGAAAUUCCUAGUUGUUUUUACUAAUUCAAUGUUCUGAUAAUUGGAGAACAUAAGCAUACAAACUUACAUUCAAAUAUAGUCUGUUUGCUUUUUGGGUUUUGCUAUUACUUGUAAAAUUUGAUAACGUCAUUUAACUCUUAUCACUCUUCAGUGUACUGUGUAGUAUAUAACUUGUUGGAUUAAUAUAAAAUUCUGUUUGUUAAUUGUUUCUGUC